AUGGCGAUCAAGUCCAAGCUCUUGUCUUGCAGCUUGCUGCUCCAAGCGCUGCUCCCCUCCAUCGGCGCCUUUGCCCAGGGGAAUGACAACCAGAUCCCUCUCGGGCUAGGAGACAUCUUUGGCCCCAACGACAAUGGCAAGAGGCCCAAUGUGCUCUUCAUCCUCACGGAUGAUCAAGAUCUGCACAUGAACUCGUUGGACUACUUGCCUCUGAUCAGGAAGCACCUCAUCAACGAGGGCACCUUGUUCAAGAAGCACUUUUGCACCACGGCCAUCUGCUGCCCUGCUCGUGUGACGCUGUGGACCGGCAAGGCUGCUCACAACACCAACGUCACCGACGUGUCCCCCCUCACGGCGGCUACCCCAAACCUCGGCUACAACACCUACUACGCCGGCAAGCUCUACAACGAGCACAACCAAUGGAACUACAACAACCCGUACCCUGCGGGCUGGACGGGCUCCGACUUCCUCCUCGACCCUUACACCUACAUGUACCUCAACGCCACCUUCCAGCGCAACCGGGACCCCCAAGAGCUACGAGGGCCAGUACAGCACCGACGUGCUCGCGGGCAAAGCCCUGGGCUUCCUCGACGACGCCGUCGCCGCGGGCAAGCCCUUCUUCCUCGGCGUGGCCCCGUGGCGCCCCACUCCAACGUCAACCUCGGCGCCCUGCCCGAGUCCAACGGCAGCGUCGCCCUCCCCAUCGACGGCGAGGACGCCUCCGCCUACUUCUCGCCCCCGAUCCCCGCCGAGCGCCACGCCCACUUGUUCCCCGACGCCGUGGUGCCCCGCCGCGCCAAUUUCAACCCGGAUAGCCCCUCGGGUGCUAACUGGAUCCGCCAGCAGCCCAAGCUCAGCCAGGAGAACGUCGAGUGGAACGAUCACUACUAUCGCAGCCGCCUGCGCGCCCUCCAGGCCGUCGACGAGCUCGUCGAUUCGGUCGUUAACAAGCUCGAUGCCUAUGGUGUCUUGGAUAACACUUACAUCUUUUACACCACGGACAACGGCUUCCACAUCUCGUACCACCGGCUGCAGCCCGGAAAGGAGUGCGGCUUCGAGGAGGACAUCAAUAUCCCUCUCAUCAUCCGCGGUCCCGGCGUGCCCAAGGGCAAGGUCUCCGAGAUUGUCACCACGCACACGGAUCUCACGCCCACCAUUCAUCCCCUCACCGAGGAGGGCCUUGAGGAGGCUACCAAGACGCGCCACGACCACGUUACCGUUGAGUUUUGGGGCAUCGCCGCGUCCGAGGGCAAGUAUGGCUACUUUGGCAGCAACAUUUCCUUCAUCACCAACAACACGUACAAGGCUAUUCGCGUGGUUUCCAAGGAAUACAACCUGUACUACUCGGUUUGGUGCACCAACGAGCACGAGCUUUACAACCUAAACACUGAUCCUGGUCAACUCAACAACUUGCUUGACCCCGAGGCCGCGGCCACCACUCUCUUUGGCAAGCCCCUCACCAAGGUGGUGGCCCGCCUCGAUGCGCUCCUCCUCGUCACCAAGUCCUGCAAGGGCGUCACCUGCGCCAGGCCCUGGCAGACACUUCACCCGCAGGGCAACGAGCAGGCCAAGGUAUCGUACUCCAAGUGCGAGAUGGGUUACAUUGUGGAAUCAGAGGGCGCGCAGUUUGAGACAGAUGGCGUGGUGUACAAGCACGGCACGUCGUGGAGCGAGUGGACGCCCAGCGCGGUGCCCAAAGCGCAGCCCGACGGACUGGGAAUGGAAAAUGAGGAUCCGAGCGGCAAAGCCCACGCAGUCACCCAGUCCCAAAAGAGGCCAAAUGGAUCCCCACCUAAGCUCCCCGCUCUCCCCGGCUGCGAGGGAGCACUGAGCAAGGGCGAUGGUGCCAGCGACGGGCGAAUAUCCGCCCUUUGCGUCUUGUUUAUCGGCCUUUCGGGAAAGACCAGAGGCAAAUUCCGCAUGCAGGACACGCUCAACGACGACCCUGCCACAACCCCUGAUUCGGAAACCCCCGAUUACCAAGCCCUUGAGGAUGACGCCGAUGACGAGGAAGAUGACCUCAAGAAAAGGUCCGCGUCGGGUCCCUCCACCCCGGUGAACCCUAUCAAGAAGGUCAUCGCCAUCCUCAUCCUCGGCAUGUUCACCGCCAACGCCGACGGCUCUCUCGUGCUAGCCACGCAUUCCACGAUUGCCUCCGAGUUCAACAACCUUGAGGCUUCUAGCUGGCUGCUCACCUCUUUUGCGCUGGCCGGUGCCUCGUGCCAGAGCAUUAGCGGCCAGCUGAGUGACAUCUUUGGCCGGCGACCCAUUCUUGCGUUAUCAUACACCUUAUUCGCAGCAGGAUGUGCCCUCGUCGGUGUUGGCCAAUCCAUGUGGCAAGUAGUCCUAGGAAGAGCCAUUUCCGGCGCCGGUGGCUCCGCGAUGGGUGUCGUAGCCGCGCUUCUCAUAUCAGACCUCGUCCCCAUCCGAGACGUCGCCGCCUGGCAGGCCGGCCUCAACCUCGCCGCCACAACAGGCCGAAGUCUCGGCGGCCCCGUCGGCGGCUUCCUCGCCGACACCAUCGGCUGGCGCUGGUCCUUCACGGGCCAAGCCCCCAUCUUCCUCGUCGCCACCUUCCUCAGCUGGAUCUUCCUGCCCCGGGGCCACUUUACUUACAACGACGACGAGGAGGACACCGUCGGAACGGGCUCCGCCACCCCCGUCGUACCUGAGGACGCCGACCCGGAGGCCAGCAUCGGCGUAGAUAGCGUCGUCGCGCCCGUCGGCGGGCCCGUACCCGCCGCCGUCCCCGUGCCCGCGCCCACCACCCCCGCCGAGACCACGGAAGCGCCCGCAGCAGCCGCCCCCAGCUCCGUCUCGCGCAUCGACUUCCUCGGCGCCUCCCUCUUGGCCGUCACCAUCCUCGCCAUCCUCGUACCCCUCGACAUCGGCGGCAAGUCCUUUGCGUGGACGCACCCCGUCAUCCUCCUCCUCUUCGCCACCGCCGUGCUCGCGGGGACGCUCUUCAUCCUCGUCGAGUCCCGGUGGGCCUCGGAGCCCGUCUUCCCGCUCGAGCUGCUGCGCUCGCGCAACAUCGUUAACUCGUACAUUAUCCUCGGCGCGAUGACGGCCGCGCAGCUCGGCCUCAUGUUUUCCGUGCCGAUUUACUUCCAGGUGAGCCAGCGCGUGUCCAACGCCAAGGCUGGCGCGCAUUUGUUUCCUGCUGUGUUGGGUAAUGCGAUUGGCGCGAUUGUGGCCGGUGUGAUCAUCAAGAGAACGGGCAAGUACAAGUCAACUCUCAUGUUCGGCACUCUCGCCUCCGCCUUUUCGUAUUUCCUUCUCUUUGUUCGCUGGCACGGCGAUACGAAUACGCUUGAGUCGUUGUACAUUAUCCCCAGCGGUUUCGGCAUGGGCAUCGCCCAGACCGCCAUCUUCACCUCCAUCCAGGCUUCCCUGGGCAUGAUCUUUGGCCUGGCGGUCGUGAGUGCUGUCGUCAUGGAGACGGUGAGGUGGAAGCUGGAUAAUCUCCUGAUUCUUCUCGACAUUGCAGAGGCCGCUCGCGCAGAGAUUAUUGAAAAGGCAGCUUCCAAUAUCGACUACCUAGAUGAAGUUUCCGGCGGCGUCUACUCGGCUAUUGUUGAAUCGUAUAUUCUUGGCCUUGAGUGGUCUCAUUUGGUGUCCAUCGGCGCUUCGCUGUUUGCCUUUGCCGCUGCCGCAGUUCUGAGAGAACAGCACCUCUAA